CAGAUCUGGGCAGCGCUUCUCUAUGUUCAGCAAACCAGCCAAGAGACUAAAGACUUUAGACAGUUUUUUUUUUCCUCCAAACAAACCGUAAAGAGCAGGGUGAGAGAGAGGAGACAGUGGACCAGAGGCCAACAGGGACGAUUAUGCAGGGUCACAGUUUGAGGUGCAGCAUGGAUCUACAGUCAAAAAUACUGUUCAUCUGGAUUUGUCUUCAGGUGAUCUGUGCCUCUGUUUUUUCGGAUGUGUGGAAGGUAGAAGUUGACCCUAAAAUGGAGGCGCUUGUCUCAUCUUGUGUCGUGCUUUCCUGUAAGUUUAAUUACCCUGGCGAUCAGCUUCCUACCUCUCGGAUAAGGGGAAUCUGGCACAAAAGGGACAACAGAGAUGCUCGCAUCUUUGAUGAAGAUCCUCUCAAGAUUCUAGAUAGCUUCAAGGAUCGCACAAAGCUAAUUGGUCGACUGGGUGACAGAAACUGCUCGUUGGAGAUAAAUGAUGUGAAAGACCACGACAAUGGCCCGUUCUGUUUCAGAACUGAACUCGAAGGUCAAGAUAAAUACUCUUUUGUGGAGAACUGUGUGAACAUGGAGAUGAAAUCUCAACCUGACAAACCAAACCUGGAGCUUGAUGAAUCCAUCAUAGAGAAAACACCUACCACCUUCAAGUGUUCUAUCAGACACACCUGUCCCACACACCACCCAACUAUCAAAUGGAGUCUUCAAGGUGCUACAAACAAAAUGUUCUAUAAGAAGCUUGGCCAUGGAGUUUGGGAGGUGGAGUCCCUCCUGACCAUCAUUGCCACAAAGGAGGAUGAUCAUAAAGACAUCACCUGCACUGUCACUUUCCAUGGCGAACUGAAAUCUGAAGUCUCUCGCAAGAUAUACAUAAAACGUAAAGAAGAUUCACUUCACAUCAUUAUUCCUGUGUGUGCUGUGCUCGGAACCAUCGUUGUGUUUGGAAUAACAUGUUUCUUUGUGACCAAGAGAUACAAGAGUCAGAUCCAAGAGCUCCAAUCUAGAAAUCCAAAUGGGGCAUGGAGUCGUCUCUCCAGAUUUUCUCACAGGGUCAGGUCAGUGGAAUGGCUGAGAAACACGAGGAACACAGCCGGACUCACUCAGAACUAAUCUAAGCAGACUCAUCUGUUGCCUGUUUUUAUUUAUACACUUCACCAGAAAAAAAUUGUAUUUUUAAGGGGCAAGCUUAAUGCUUUUGGCAUUUUAGGUUUAAGGCUAGGAAUAGAUUUAAAACCAACACUUAGAUUUAAUAGUGCAUGCAAUUUAAAUACAUGUAUAUGAUUCACACACACACACACACACACACACACACACACACACACACACACACACACACACACAUUACUGUGUUAAGUAUUAUCUCUUAUUACUUUUAUUCUUCUCUCAUGAAAUUUUUUUAAACUCAAUCUUUUAAUUUGAAUAAAGUGUAAUGUACUUUAUUCAUGCACAACUGGGGAAUGAGAGCUUGACUUGAAUCUCAUCAUGUGCAGUUUUUAGAGACUUGUUUAAUAAAAGUUUAAAUGAAGAA